CCUCGUCUUUGCAUAUCAAAUUUCCUCUGCUUCCUCCUCUCUUCGUUUUCCCAAAACUGGGAAAAUAAGAGAAAUUGAUUGCUCUUUUUGGAGUUUAUGAGGGUACAACUGGUUUGCUAAAUAUGAUGGGUGAGAUUGAUACCAAACCAAUUGAACCAGUCCAAGUUGCUCUCUCCUUGUUUGGUGAGAAAGGGGAUCAGAGGAAAUCCAGCUCUACUAGCAACAAUGAUUUGGCAAACUACAAGGUGCAACUGGAAGCCAUGGAUGGUGCUUGCAAGCAAGCCCUUCUUAAGCUUGAGCACUACCAGAAAAGAGCUGAUGAACAUUUCAACCUGCUGAGGAACACAGAGAUUGCGAGAGAUAUGUUUAUUGAUGAAUGUAGAGAGGCCAAAACUCAAAUACGAGAACUUGAUUCCAAGAUGAAGGAGAUGGCUGAUCAACUACUGGAAACUAAUAAUAUACGAGAGCAACUUGCACAUGUUCUGAGUGAGUUAAAGGCUGCACAAAAAGAACUGCUUAGCAUGGAAUCAGAGGUUGCUAUUGCCAGAUAUUCUAACCUCAAGGCCAUGGCACAAGCAAAAUUGAUGGAAACAGCUGCCGACAUGGAAAAGGAAAGGGCGGAAGAGCUUCUAGGACGCGUCUCAGAGCUGAGUGAAGCUUUUGUUAAGUCAAGACUUGCUGCUGUUGAAGCAGAGAAAGAGAAGGUUGCAGUAUUGUCUGAGAAAGAUGCUGAGAUAGAGUUAGCUACAGCAGCGGCAGUUCAAGCACAAAUGCAGUUGGAAGAUAUGAGAAAGCAGAAUGAAAUGGUUCAGUUGGAACUCAAGCAAUCAAAUGAACUACUUGGUUCAUCUGAGAAAUCGGCUUCGGAUGCCGUAAACAGUUUGAAUCAGCUUCGAAUAGAUUUCGACGUACAUGAGAGAAAGAACUUGGAUCAAUCAGUUUACAUUGAGGCAUUAGAAAUGGAACUGAAUCAGUUAAAAGUAGAGCUUAAUAGUUCAAAGGAAGAGGUAGGCCGAUUGAAGUGUGUUGUUGAAACUCUUAAGGAUGAGUUAGAGAAAACAGAAGAUGAAGAGAAGAGAGAUGAGGCUGAUGGGCAUAUAAAAAUUUCAUUGAAAGAAUAUGAGUCCCUAAUUAGAAAGGCUGAGAAAGCAGAUCACAUUCAUGUAGCAUCAGGGGAAGAUGCUGGUGAGUUAACCAAGGUUGAAAAUAACUAUGAAUUGGAGAAUUUGAAGAAACAGUUAGAACUUGCAAUGGUGAAAGUUGGGGAGUUCAGGAAUCGUGCAGAGCAGGCUGUGAGCAGAGCUGAACUAGCUGAGAAAGCUAAAGCUGCAGUUGAGGAUCAUCUAAGGAGGUCAAGACAGAAGCAGCAAAGGAGAAAGGCUGCUAUAGCUGCACUCCGGGAGGAAUCUGCUCCUAAGGAAUUUAACGCUUCUUGAUUUGACAACAAGCAACCUACAACAUAUCAACCUUUGGGUAAGGUUCUCAACAUGAAAUUCAAGUGAUAGAAUUUCUGUGAAAGUUUAGUUCGAUUAAUAUGAAUCUCAAAACAUGUAAACUGUUUCCAGGACCAAGAUUGAGUCUCUGUGGUGAUGUGUAUCAAUA